AUGGCGACGCAAAAACCCCUUCUCAAAAUCCUUAUGCUCCAUGGCUUCACCCAAUCCGGAGCCCUCUUCCGAGCCAAAACUCGUGCUCUCGAAAAACAUCUCCAAAAAUCCUUUCCCCUCCACACCCUCGUCCUCUCCUACCCCUCCGGCCCCAUCCGCCUCGACCCCGCCGAUAUACCAAACUUCCGCCCGUCAUCGCUCGAAUCAGACGACCAGUCCGCGCAGGAACUAUGCGCCUGGUGGCGCCGUGCCGAUGGGAUUGAUCCCCCGGAAUAUCUCCAGUUUGACCGCGGCCUGGAGGCCAUCGCGAACGUGCUACGGGAUGAGGGGCCGUUUGAUGGAGUGAUUGGAUUCUCGCAGGGUGCUGCGUUCGCGGGGAUGUUGGCUGGCUUGCUGGAGCCGCGGAGAGAAGAGGCAUUUGAGUAUUUCUCGAAACCGGAGAAUAAUAGCUCGCCGGUGACCCGUGCUUCGGGUAGCUUUGCUCAGCCUGCAUACGUCACGGCUGCUCCGGCUGCGACGCAAGUCAUGGGCACUGUUUCGGGCAUUCCAUUUCCGAAAUCCUUUGCGGAGCUCGAUCACGCACCGUUCAAGUUUGCCAUUUGCUACUCUGGUUUCCGCGCGCCUGGCGCGCGGUAUCGCGCUUUCUACGAACGUCCCGCCAUCAGUACCCCGAUCCUACAUGUCCUAGGCAGUUUAGAUGCGAUUGUGGAUGAGGGUAGAAGUCGAUUCCUGAUCGAAUCGUGCGUGGGAGAUCCAGAAAAGGAAGGCAAAGUGAUAUGGCAUCCCGGAGGCCAUUUUCUACCCUGCCAACGGCCGUAUUUGGACGGUGCAGUGAAGUUUAUCAGGGAGUGUUUGGAGAUGGGAGAUGGGAGAAGCAGCGGCGGUAAGUCGGCAGACGAUGUCCCGGUGGAGGAUAUGGCCAUGCCGUUCUAA